AUGGCUGCGGACAACGAAGAAUGGGCCACAGUGAGUGUGGAAGACUUGCGGAGCAUCAACGUCGAUGAAAUCUCCUUCGAGGCGGAGAGCCCAACUGAUUCACCUCGUGCUCAAGGCGAUGCGCAGGUCGUCAGCAUCGAUGUCGAUGAACUCUUGAACCUGGAGUACAUUGAGGAAGAUUGUGGAGAUUCACCCAAACCGCCCGUUCUGGAAGGCACGGACGGCAUCUGCACGGUGAAAAACGAGCGGCCGUGCAACGUGGAGAUGUUGCAUCCGAAAGCCCUGGUGUGCUUUUCAGAUUGGUGCCUUGAUGGUGAGAAGUUCUCUUGGCGGAUUUGGAUGACCAUCUGCUACCUGUUUGCCUUUGGACUAAGCCUCUCCUUGAUCGUGCUUUGGGCCUAUGUGUUUUUCCCGUUCCAGCUUCCACAGGUGGGAUUUUGGGAGAAUUGGAUCUUCAACUUCGUCGCGCACCCUGUGGGAAACUACAUUGUGGCCCGCGCGCCAAUGGGAUGGUUUGCGCGGCAAAUCAUGUGGCACCUCCAAAGCGAUCGCUCUUUGGGAAAGGAACAAAGACGAGAGAUCACCAAACGCCUACAGAGAUGCUUGCGUUGGGUGCCUUUGGUUGAUUCGCUGUGGUGUGCCACUGAGCACAUUAUUUUUGCAGGGUUUCAUAUCUUUCCUGUUCCUUUCGCGACGGUGCUCUCCUGCAUUCCAGCGGCCUGGGUGAGCAUGGCGGUCUUCUACCGGGUUCUUCCAAGCGAAGCGCGAACACUUCCAAGCACGUUGGACUCCUUAAAGUUCACCAUGUGCGCCUGGAUGGGCUAUUGCACGACUUUUAUUGUCAUGCUCUUCUACACCGCCUUUUUCCCCACAGCCACUACAGAAGUACAACUGGCCAUGAGCUGUUCUAUUGCUUUUCUGGAAUGGUUGGUGGUGAAGGUUGUCUUCGGUCUGGGGAAGCACUGGCGAGUACCAGAGCAUUUGAUGCGAGAGAUGCGUACGGCUAUGCGACUGCCUGUGAUCGUCUUCAAAGCCAUGAUCCUUUCAGAAGCGAAGGGUAUCGUGGUCAUUGCCAGCAUGAUUGUGCCUGAAGUCAUUGCCGUAUUUAGCUCGUUCGUGGUGGUGGUCAUUGAUUUGACCUCCGAGACCAACAAAUUGAGACUGACUCAUCUUCGAUCCAGUCGGCAAUUGGUGCGUGGUGCCCAUGGCUUGUUCCAUAACUUGCGGGCCCUGCGAAAGAGGCUGGCAGAGAUUCAUGGGAACUGUCAACAGAUCACGCUGCAAGAGUUUCGGGAUGCCACAUGGUCAGCGCAAGAGAUCCAUUUGCUCAACGAAGUCUCUAGCUCUCUCUCAACCAUCAUCAUGUUAGAAGUUUGCGAAGUGAUGGCUCCGGCAAUCUUUGUGAUUUUGCUGAUGUGUUUGCGAAGCAACACCUUUUUGGCGCAGAAUGAAUCGUUCUUUCUGGGUUUGGCAGAGGCCAACUUCCAAGAAAGCCUCAUCCGGAAUGCUUACAGCCUUCUUCUUGAAGUAGCCAUGUUAGUGGCAACGGAUCUUUUCUCCCGGAAAACGAUUGGACUGAGCUUCGUGAGUGUGAUGCGCAGCGUCCUUCAAUGCGAUUUCAGUUUUUGGCUCUCCACACUUUCGGCAGCCUAUGUUGGCUGGCUCACUGUGUUGGUCAGGCACACUGGCCAUGACAUGAACUUUAAGUUUUUAUGGCUGCCUUGA